AUGAACAACGACAACACCAUGAAGGACUUUAAUUCCAACCCCAGCUCAAGCAGCAGUGUUCAUACUUCCUCCGCUGACCUUGAGGAAAAGAAAGAGGCCCAUCAUCCCGUCGCCAAGGGCGAGUACCAGCAAGAGGUCCUCAAGAUUGCUGAACGCACCUAUCCAAAGGAGCUUCCCGUUGCCGAGAACAUGAUGCUAAUCCACCACAUCCGUGUCUCUGGUGCAUACGCUGAUGCCCGCGAUCAGUUCGCGGCCAUGUCUCAGCCGACUGCUCUUGCCACCCUGAUACCAAGACGGGGUCACCUCACCAAGUACUGGGAUCUUCACUACUUCUUGACCGCCGUGUUCUUCAACUGGGAGACUGGAAAGGAGAUCGGACCCCAACCUGUCCUUCCUGAGCAAGUCUUCGACGACUAUGCUAAAGACGUUGGCCUGCUCAUCCGUGACCUCGACCCCGUCGUCAACAAGGGUGGAUCCCUUGAUGCCUCCGGACGCUGCAUGUGGGACCAAGGCUAUUUGGCUUUCAAGGUCAACCAGGAAACCCUGGAGUGGCAUGUCUCUUGGAUGGAUUGUAAUGGCAACUCUUUGAAGCGGGAGGACGUUCAACUGUACGACAAGUACAACAACAACCACAAAGAGGCAUUCAAUGCCCUUGCCAUCCACGCUGCUCGAAAGAAGGUCAUGGAGUUCCACGAGAAUGGUUUCAAGAUGUACAUGAAGUUCUCCAGCCACGAAGACAUCGACAUCAAGAAUUGCUGGCUCGUCAGACACUACAUGCCCAACUUGGGCGAGUCCGUGGAUCACGAGCUCGACUACUGA